CAAGUGACAGUCUUUACGUUUUUGGUUCCUUCAGUAGGCAGCACGUUUUCCACUCACCAUUUUUAAUUAAACUUAUUUUUCUGAAUUUAUAUAAAAUCUAAAAAGCAUUUCUGCAGAGGAAAUACUUGAAUCCAGAAAAAUGAGCAAAAAGGAAUCUUCCAAAGUUGUGGCCAAAGUAGAGUCUGGCAACGAUAGCGACACGGAUGACAAAAAUUUACUGCAAGUAUGCAAUCCACCGCAUUUCAUGUCCGCCGUAAUGCGUCGUCAAGUAUUGCACGAAAUGGUAAAGUCAUUGCCGAAAAAAGUCCAAAAUCGUGUAGUUGCACUCAAGAACAUCCAAUUGGAACAACUUGAAUUGGAGGCUCAAUUCUACGAGGAGGUCUAUAGCCUCGAAAAGAAGUACCACGAAAAGUAUCAGCCAUUGUUCGACAAAAGAAAGGAAAUUGUCGCCGGAAGCGUGGAUCCCCCAGAGCAGACGCCCAAAUGGAAAGAAUCAGAGGAUCUAGAAAUUACCGAAAGGGUCAAAGACAUUUCCCUAAAAAUGAAAGACAUCAAGCCGGCACUUAGCGAAGAUGUCGAGGGUAUCCCCAAUUUCUGGUUAACUAUUUUCCGUAAUACCGAGAUCCUAUCAGAAAUGGUGCAGGAACACGAUGAGCCUUUACUGAAGAAGCUCCGUGACAUCCAAAUCAAAUACGUAGAGGACAAAGAGCACUCUUACACUCUGGAAUUCCACUUCGACAAGAACGAAUAUUUCUCCAAUCCGAUCCUAACCAAACAAUACUUCUUGAAGGCCGCUAUCGAGGAGGAAUACCCCUUCUCGUUUGAAGGACCUGAGAUCUACAAAUGCAAGGGUUGCAACAUCAACUGGGAGAAGGGCAUGAACCUAACUGUUAAAACGAUCCGCAAGAAGCAGAAGCAUAAGGAACGUGGUGCUGUCAGAACUAUCACCAAGCAAGUUCCAAACGAUUCCUUCUUUAAUUUCUUCAAGCCACCAGAGAUUCCAGACGAUAAGAGCGAGGUUGAUGAAGACUCCCAGGGAAUCCUGGCAACAGACUUUGAAAUUGGACACUUCUUGAGGGCUCGUAUCAUUCCUAAGGCAGUCCUUUACUACACCGGUGAUAUUGUCGAUGACGAAGACGACGAUGGUGAUGAGUAUGAUGAAGAAGAGGAAGAAGACGAAGAGGAUGAGGGUGAUGAAGAUGUUGCAGUCCAGAAGACAGCUGGCAACAAAAAAAAGCAAAGUCCAAAUGAUUGUCCCAAUCAGUAAGAUGGACUUAGAAUUCGCAUGAGAUUUUAUUAUAUUUUUUCUAUAACAUAUUUUCGUUUUGCAUUUCUCCGAUGUCACGAAUGUGACUAUCACUAUUUUUUGUUUAAAUUUAUUUCCAAAAGAAAAUGCAUUAAAUCACAUUUUAACUGUAAUCGUUUGUAGUCUGGUAAAAGAAUUGAAUUCCAUGUCCAGAAUAAAAAAAAACUCAAUUUUUCUAUAAAAGAAUUAAAUUUAAAACGGACAUAUGUCUGUCUAAAUGUUCUAAAUAAAUAGAUACACUUGUCUGUAAAAAUA